AUUACUUAGAUUGUCUUCAUUUGGUGUGCUGGAGACCUACACAAACACUGGCUGGAACGUGCAAGUCACAUCAAAUAACAGAUUUCUGAAAAAUAUGGAUUUAUUCGUACGUGAAGUGAGAAAAGAAGAUUUGGAGAUUUUAUUAUGCCAGCAAUUAGGGCAGGAUGUGAAGUUAGACAGCUACAAAGUCAGGACCCUCACACAACCUGGAGACAAUUACAACAGCACCAUGCUUGCCGUGGAUGUCGUCUUUCAGCAGCACUCAAAGACACCACACACUCGUUCGCUGGUAGCUAAGCUCUUACCACCAACCAAGUUCCUCUGCGAGGUAAUCAACAUCGACGUGACAUUUCGGAAAGAGGUGAAUGCCUACGCGCUAGUGUUCCCAGAAUUUUAUCGUUUACAGAGAGGAAGAGAAAUACCUGAAAGUGAAAUCCUAGAUGUGUUCCCAAAACUGUACGGUGCUCGCAUAAACAGGAACGGAGACAGAAAUGAGAAAGCAGAUGAAACUGCUAUUCUUCUGCUGGAGAACUUGAAAAUAUCUGGUUAUGAGACUGGAGAUCGCAGAAAUGGCCUCAAUCUGAAACACAUGGAACUAGGAGUGUCACAACUGGCCAGAUUCCACGCUGUCUCAGUGGCACUCAAAAUUCAGAAACCACGAUUGUUUAAGGAAACAGUCCUCAGGGCUUGUGAGAGUUUUAAGAUAGCUAGUCAAGUGGACGAAACAGGCUUACCGAAGUGGAUUUCGUCAACGAUGAAGUACGUCAAAGAAAUCCCACAAUGUGAACCAUAUUUAAAAAAAAUAGAGAGUUCUUUAAUUCAGUUUGUCAAGAAAGAAUUAUCACCAAAGGAACCAUUCGCUGCAUUCAUUCACAAUGACUUGUGGGUAAAUAACAUAAUGUUUCAAUAUAAGAAAGGCGAAACCGAGACUCCCACCGGAAUAAAAUUUGUGGAUUUCCAGUUAACGCAGUUCUCAUCACCAGCCAAAGACUUGAUUUUCUUCAUAUACAGUAGCGCUACGCUAGAUGUGAUAGACAGUCACUAUGAUGAUUUUGUGCUUCUUUAUCACCGUGAAUUCAUCAAAUGCCUCACCAGGCUAGGUUGCGAUAUUGAUCCAUUCUCUUUUCUGAAACUUCAAGAAGAAAUCAACGUAUUUGGUUCUUCGGAAUUUGCACACAUACUUAUGAUGUUAAAAUUUAUUUGCGCUGAUCAAAAGCAAGUGCCUGAAUUGUCCAGUAAUCAAAUUGAAGAAUUACUUGAAGUUAACACAGGAGGUGACAUUUAUGUAAACAAAGUAAUACAUCUGGUUGAAGAUUUUAUGCAUAAGGGCUGGCUAUAAUCAUGUUUUUGGUUAUGAAUAAAAGUUUCAUUGGAAGCGUCAAACACAAAUACUGAACGUGAAGUAAGAUCUAUACUUACAUUAUACUGUAAAAUAUUUAAAAUAUCUUAAAGUAGAUUAAAUUAAUAUUACAUAAAUAAUAAUUUAUUUGAUAAGCAAAGCAUAAGGUUAAAGGUUGGUACGCUGAGACGUAUUUUCGUGAAAAUUACUUAAACAGAACUAGUGGAUUGUUUGGAUCGGUCAGACAAUUGGAAAUGUAACGAGUUCUAGAAAAUGCAUAAAGAAUGUAAUAUGAUCAUUUUCCUCUGAAAAUUUGUUAAAAAUGAAUCUGUACUUUCAUCUACAUAUAAUACAUAUGGAACUUAUGCACUCUCAUAAGCUUCUUUAUUGACUAUUCUUGUUUGCUUCUUACAUGUAUUUCAAAGAUAAGGAAAUGCAUAAACAUAAUGGAAUUUGAAAAUUUCAUGGUUUUGUAAUAGUUGCUGUAGCUUAUCAGAAACACUAAGUUCUUAAUUCAAAGGGUUUGACUUUUGUUGAUGCGUAAUACUACAGAAUGGCAGAUUUAAAAUCGUUUAUGUGUAUGUCACUGUAUGUCUUGUCUUAUACUAAUGAAGUACAUUCACAUUAUGAUUUAAUUAUAUGGGACGGAGGGUUUAUACAAUUAUUUGCACACUCCUUUGCAGACAUGAUAAGAAAGCUUAAUAAUACAUAACAAGGCUGUAUAACUUAUUUACACUACAUAAUUUACAUGCACUAAAGGAAAUGAUAUGCAAAUAAAUCUGCACAAAAAUUCACUUAAUAUUAAAAUACACAAGUCACAAAGAGAGAUAACUGUGCUAGUAAACAGUGUUCUCAGAUAGCAGGUGACGUGGAAUCACGUACUCCAUGAAAACGGCUUGUCGAUUCAUAGCAUAGCAUACAGAAAUUUUACGUCUUCAGCUAAACAGUAAUGGGCUCAGCAAGUAACUGGAAAGCAGACCCCAGAUUGCUGAAAAAUACCUACCCCUAUUAGAUGUGGUCUACACACUCCCUCAGAUGCUGAUGAUUACAUGCCUAGAUGGUUACGCCGAGGAUAUUCAUUAAUUGGAGCAGUAAUGCAUACGAAUGCGUCAAAAAACACUGCUCACCUCUGUGAGCUUUCAUGACUUACCUAGACUUAAGUACUUAUAAUGAUCACACUAACCACUACUUCUCCAGAGACUUAACUUAGUACUGAAUACAUUUUCCUUUCGAUUCUAAAUGACUCGUUGAACAGACAGACAACAGA